CCCGGGAAAGGAUCCAUUCCUAGGGGAAAGAGGGCUGAGUUUGUAUGUUUCCAUCCAUUCUGUGAGACGCUAAAGGCCCUAAUCAACCUCUCCUGUGUCCAGGAACACCUCUAUGGUAAUCAUUUUUCGUUUAUUUGUCUUUUGGAGCAGGAGAACCUUGUCAGAAGUGGUCGAUUCAGCAGUGUCCUAAGCAGAAUACCUUUGAUGCUGUAGCAGGAUGACACCACACUGAGAGAACAACAAACAACAUUUUUUUUACUCUUAAACCAAAUUUCCCGCUAGUUGCACUUUUCUCCACAACGGAUCACGAUCCAACUAGCGCUGAACUACUCUUGCAAUUGUUUAUGUCGUGCCAAUGCAGGACAGCUUGAAGAGGAAGCAAGUCUGAACUCGGCUUUUCUCUUACUGAUCAUAACGAGCAAAGUCAUCUCUCAUCUAUUCCCCCCCCCCCCCUUCAUUCGCCGUGGGAAAAAAAAUCUGACAUCUCCUAGAUCCUAAACCCGAACAGGAGCUGGUUGUGCAGACAAAAAAAAUUGUUUUAAUGUUUGGAAUUCAGGAAAAUAUACCAAGAGGUGGGACGACCAUGAAAGAGGAACCGCUAGGAAGUGGGAUGAAUCCGGUCCGAUCAUGGAUGCACACUGCUGGGGUAGUGGAUGCUAACACGGCCGCCCAGAGCGGCGUGGGUCUGGCGCGGGCACAUUUUGAAAAGCAGCCGCCCUCAAACCUCAGAAAAUCCAAUUUUUUCCACUUCGUCCUGGCCCUUUACGACAGACAAGGGCAGCCCGUCGAGAUCGAGAGGACAGCUUAUGUAGACUUUGUGGAGAAAGAGAAAGAGCCAAACAACGAGAAAACCAACAAUGGAAUACACUACAAACUUCAGCUACUGUACAGCAAUGGGGUGCGGACAGAACAGGAUCUCUAUGUCAGGCUGAUCGAUUCAAUGACCAAACAGCCGAUAGUAUACGAAGGGCAAGACAAAAACCCCGAAAUGUGCAGAGUCCUACUUACGCACGAAAUUAUGUGCAGCCGGUGUUGUGACAAAAAAAGUUGUGGCAACAGAAAUGAAACUCCCUCAGACCCCGUCAUUAUUGACAGGUUCUUCUUAAAGUUUUUCCUCAAGUGCAAUCAGAACUGCUUGAAGAAUGCAGGAAAUCCAAGAGACAUGCGUAGAUUCCAGGUUGUUAUAUCAACAACAGUUAAUGUCGAUGGCCAUGUACUGGCUGUCUCAGACAACAUGUUUGUACACAACAACUCUAAGCAUGGCAGGCGGGCUCGCCGCCUUGACCCUUCAGAAGGUACGGCCCCUUCUUAUCUGGAAAAUGCUACUCCAUGCAUAAAAGCUAUCAGCCCGAGUGAAGGUUGGACCACUGGUGGAGCCACAGUCAUUAUAAUAGGAGACAACUUUUUUGACGGUUUACAAGUUGUAUUCGGCACUAUGCUGGUUUGGAGUGAGUUGAUAACUCCCCACGCCAUCAGAGUUCAAACACCACCUCGGCACAUUCCUGGAGUCGUAGAAGUCACUCUGUCUUACAAGUCAAAACAGUUCUGCAAAGGUGCUCCUGGACGAUUUGUCUACACUGCUUUAAAUGAACCAACCAUAGAUUAUGGAUUCCAGCGGUUGCAGAAAGUCAUUCCCAGGCAUCCAGGUGAUCCUGAAAGGUUACCAAAGGAAGUAUUACUGAAGAGAGCAGCUGAUUUAGUAGAGGCCCUAUACGGAAUGCCACACAACAACCAGGAGAUCAUUCUCAAACGGGCAGCUGAUAUUGCUGAAGCUCUGUACAGCGUGCCACGUAAUCACAACCAGCUUCCUACUCUCGGCAACACCCCAGCUCACAGUGGUAUGAUGGGAGUGAAUUCUUUCAGCAGCCAGCUAGCAGUCAAUGUGUCAGAGUCAUCACAGGGUAAUGACCAAGUAGGGUACAGCCGUAACACAAGUAGCGUCUCCCCGCGUGGAUAUGUUCCCAGCAGCACCCCUCAGCAGUCCAAUUAUAACACAGUCAGCAACAGCAUGAAUGGAUAUGGUAAUGCUGCAAUGACCAACCUGGGGGUACCAGGCUCUCCUGGAUUUCUGAACGGUUCAUCAGCUAACUCUCCCUAUGGCAUAGUGCCGUCAAGCCCUACCAUGGCAGCCUCUUCGGUCACCCUCCCUUCAAACUGUAGCAGUACACACGGCAUUUUCUCAUUCUCACCUGCCAAUGUCAUCUCUGCAGUGAAACAAAAGAGUGCAUUUGCUCCUGUUGUCAGGCCUCAAGCCUCUCCUCCACCAUCUUGCACCAGUGCAAAUGGAAAUGGACUUCAAGGUAUGUCUGGACUUGUAGUCCCACCAAUGUAAGACCACACUUGUUUACUUAGAGAAACACCAAGCUUCCGAGGGUGAACUUCAGGGGACAAGUUCAUUAUAUCAGAAGAUGCUAUUAGAAAAAGUAUGAGCAACAAUGAGAAAAAAAAACAACAGAUCCUUCUACUGUUAAGAACAAAAACAAAUUAUUACUCACUGAAAUUACUCAAACCAUUAGGAAAUGACCUGCAAGCAACUUAUUUCUUCAUGAACGAUUUCAUUUUAUUAAUAAAACUUUCUCAUAUUUUCACAUUUCUCUAUCUUGAAGAAACAAAAAAAGUGAUGCCUAUUUUGUAUAAAGUUUCAGAUGACGUCUUGGCUAUGUCUAGUUCUUGCUAUGUGUUGGGAGAAACUUUGUGGAAGCACCAUUUUGAUUAUCAUGAAACACUGUUGAAAUAUUCCUAAAACAGAACAUUUUUCAGUACUAUAUUUAGAUUCACAAUGGUUGUGUAUCUCUAUAAUGUGAAAUAAUUUUUGUUGGGGUGAGUAAGGGGCCAAGGAGGUAUAAGCCAUUGAACUGGAAGGAGAAGACUAAAUGUAUGAUUUACGAAAUGGGGACUUAUGGAGGGCUAGGGGAAAAUUUAUCAUGCUUAAAUUCAUCUUAAAAACUGAACUUUGUAACUUAUUGUAGUUAGAAAUUGUAACUUUGAUAUUGCAAAAAUUCUUCUCUUGCCUUCAACAAGCACACUGACGGAGAUACAAAAGCUACUGUCUGUUGGUAAAGAAUAUACUUCCACUGCUAGAGCUUCCUGUUAAACAAGUGUGAUCUGCAAUGUUUUUUCAACUUUUGCUAGCACUGUAUACUAUUGCAUUCUUAGGCUACUGUGAAGUCUAUGUUCCUUGUACCAGAAAGUUGUCCUUUGACUUCUAGAUCCUUCUCCCUAAUGUGUUUUGUAUGUGGUUAUAAAAUAUUGUAGAAUUUUGUGAUUUUGCCAAAGUUGUAGCUAAAUAUUUAUACACUUGUCUUGAAUUUUUCAGAUCCACUUAAUAUUGAGGAGAAAAGUUUUAUUCCUUAUGAAGUUUGUAAGGAGUAAAAUAGUCUUAUCCUUCAUUGCUAUACUUCCUUUCACAUAAACACAGUCACUGAGCAAUUUUUUGUAACAUACCAAUAUAAAUAUUGUAUUUAUCUUUGAAAUUUUGUAUAUUGCUUUUCUUCAUUUUAUUUUAUCUUGUAUGUAUUUGUUUGUCACAGCCAGGUAUUGUGAUGCCUAAGGAGCAUUAAGCCAAGAACAUUUGCCUUCAUCUAUUUCAUUUUAGAAAAUUGCUUUGUCCAUAUGUUUCAUUUUUAUUACCAAAAUCUGUUGAUUUGUUCAGACCUUCCGUCCAUUUUUUAUUUGAGAAAAAUCAAAUUCAUUGUUUAUUUUUAUAUAAUUUUUAAGUUAUCUGAACAAAUAAUUUUGAAUAAAACUGUUGUUGUAUAGUCAAAAGAAAUUGUUUGUGCCACAUGGCUGUAAUGAAUAAUAGUAGAAAACGUGCAUGUGCAGCAGCCACAGAAGGAUGAUCCAGUUUGUGGUUGUAAAUUAUUUAGAAUGUAAUAUUCAUUUUUAGCUGCCACCCAUGAAUUUGCCACAUAGUAAAAAUGUAUUUACUGGAAAAAUUUGGAGGCCUAAAGUCAAAAUGGAAACUUCAGUUCAUCUGGUAAACUGAUGUUUGUUUAAACAUAUGACAAUUAAAUACAGAAGGACUUCUCUAAUGCCUUAACAUUGGAGUUCUUGACAGUAACUUUGGUGCCACUCUGUCAUCGGUUUACACCACAAUUGCUAAUCAUCACUGCAGCUGUCAAGGAUGAUCUAUGGUGUAAAAAGCACAAACUUUGUACAAACACUUACUUCAAACCCCUGCAAGCCUCCAUUCUGUUGUACCCUGCAAAUCCUCAGAAUAGAAGUCCUGUACUGCCGUGUCUGAAAGUGGAAGUUUCUUUUCCAAUGUUUCAUGCCUGACAGUGCCCUUUUUUUUUACAAAGGCAGAAAAUAGGUACAUCUUGUCACCAUUUUUGUGCCUUUCCAUAGCAUUGUGUGAUUUGCAAAACCAGCAUGCUAUAUGCUUUGCAAACUACAGCAGCAUUGGAGGUCAGAUCAUAAUGGGGAACAUAUAUUGUCAUUCUGGGCAAAAUGCACAUUAGUAACAGUUACUUUAUUUAAUUCAAAAAAAGAAAAAUGUAUCACAAGUAUUGAAUGUGCAACACAUUUAUUCUGUGAUAGCUUCAUACAACAUACAUGGAAACAUCUCAGAGUCUUUUCAUACAUCUGAGGAUCUUGUUCCAAAAGGAAGUCAUGUACAUGUGGAAAAAAAAUUGCAAGAUUCAUCAUUACUGCAAUAUGGUUUUGUGUUUUAGAUUAAUUAGUCAAUGCACUCAUUGCUUCCUUGUCUUCAAUCUUAAAGCUUCACUACAUGGUAGAAAUAACUGUUAAGAAAAUUACAGUAAGAUUGUUUUAUCUGUACAUUUUUCAGAUAUUUAACUGUAUAAAUCUGUUCAUUUUACACGAUAUUUAAUUAAAGUAUUUCUUGUCUGUGAAUAACUUUUUCAGUAAUUUAAUAUGAGGUCUCAGAAUUUGUGUUGAAAAAAUGUGCUUAUUUAAAUAUAAGGAUGACCAACAAAACAAAUGAGGUCAUUUUCUAUUUUUUUUAGCUUUUUUCAGCAAAUGGUUAAAUUAAUGCAUGUCACCAUGAACCUUGAAUGAUUUAUUUUAAAGUACAAUUGCUCUAUGCACCUUUUUAAUUUUUCAUACACAGCUUUAAUAGUUUAAUUUCCAUUUUAUUUAAAUUACAGUUUCUUGUACAAGUGCAAAUAUAUUUAGGGUAUAGGUGCCCUACAGAAGGGACAUUUUGUGAUCUCAAAGGCUUGUCUUGUACCUUAAGAUAAAUUGAAGUUAGUUCUAAUAAAGUUAUCAAAUAAUUCUGAAAGUGUGAAGACUAUGUUUAGACAGAUUAGCAUAAAAUUUGGAGCAUUUGUAAGUACACGUAAUAAAACGAGUAGAAAUAGACAGCAAAAACUUCUCUAACAUUAAAAUAAUCAAAAGUGUUGCGUUCACAGCAUUGAAAUAGCCUCUCACUGUGCUACAGAUAUUCUUAAACAACAGUUUGUUGACAUUUUAUCUGACCUAACUUCAUUAUUUGUAAUUGAUAAUUUCAAUGUGACAUCUUGCAUGGGAAUUUUAAAACAACUGGUGUAAAUUCCACUAAAGAGAUCCAAUAUAACACCAUCUUUCAAAAGCUCAGGAGUUUGUUCUCAGUUUGCAUGCAUUUGCUGGAUUUUGAGUGGGUAAGACUUCACAGUUGUAAUGUCACUUGGUGCUACAAUAUUAAGACUGUUAAACCAAUAAUAAGUAAAUUAUCCGUAUACUAGUAAUGAGCAAAUUAAACAUUUUAUGGGUGCUCAGCAAUGCCAACAUGUAAUACUUUGUCAAGUGUGGUGAAGCAAAAAGUUGUUUUCUCUUUUCGUAAUGGGAAAACUGUAAUAAAAUACAUGUCAGACAAAUGUCAAAAUAUUUCAUUUAUCGAUUACAUCUUGAUGUGAGCAUUUAUUAUAUCCUUUAGGAAUGUUAUUUUUCAGAUCAUCUACAUUUACAUUUCUUUACUUUUCAACAUAUAUCAGUAGAUGUGUUUUGACAUAUUUUGGCUUUAUAGUCUGAUAAAGUAUACAGUGUAAAUUAAUGCUGGCACAUGUUGCUCCUUAAUUGGUUUCCUCAGGAAUAAAUAUGCAUAGCUUAUUUUAGUUGCAAGUGGAUUUGACUAAUGACACUACAUACAGUUUUGUACUGUAUAUAUAAAAAAAAAUCACAUUUCUUUUAGCAAACACAUUAAUUUGGGCACACAAAUGUUCUACACAUCAUUCAGGCAAUAACAGGAAACAAACAAAAUCAUGAAAUCUUAGCAGCAUACAAAAUAUGUAGCUUAGUUUUCUCAUUCAAAAAAAAGGAAUGUGUUUAUUCACCUGCCACUUACUGUAAAGCAGCCUUUUAAGGUCUACCAACCUUUUAAAGAUUAUUCAAAGCACUUGAAAUGGGCUUCAAUCUAAUGCCUCAUUUCAUUGCAUUAAACAGCCUAUUUAAUAAAGAAUCAAUAUAUUCAAAGGGCAAGGUUAUCUUUUGUCUAUAAGGGGUGGUAUCAUUUUGAACCCUUUAUAGUUCAAAUGCUGAAAAAGGCCUCAUGAAAUCCAUACUCAUCAACUAGGUCAACUAGAGCAAUAAAAAAAACCCUCUGUAAGAAUAGCUGCUCUUCUUAAUCAAGAAUUAUAAACCUUAUCUGGCUCACUGAGUGGCCCAAAGAGUGGGUCGGAAAAUGUCAAUUUCUCAUCAGGACAACACACACCCAAAUAAUAAUUUUUCACUGAAUUAAGAGGAUGUAGAUAGCAGCACAGUGAUCACUGCUUAUUAUGUCAACGGCAUGCUGAAAUCUAGCUGUAAGCCGAUAAUGUCUGUUGUUGAUAGCAAAAGUGUCAAUAUUCCAAAGAACGAUUUUUGAAUGUGAGCCCUUGUGCUUUUUUUAAACUUUUGCUGAUCGUAAGGCUUGAUAACCAUGCAUCAGCCAAAUGACACCACAUGUUGUAACUCACAAUUAACAGAGUGAAUAAACAGCACAAAGAGUGGAAGUUCUUUAUAUUCUUUGAGACAAUUCUCUCUCUUUACCCUUCAAGGAUUUCUUUUAUCUUUGCAAGAGCUUGUUUUUAAUGGAAUCUAAACUCAUCAGAGGAAAUCAAAAACCUCAAAUCAGAUUACAAAUUGAUUUUUGGUCGCUUAUCAUUAAGCAGUGUACUGCCGUGUGUUCCACAGCAAAAGCAACUGUGUAUCAUUUGACAGUGCGAAAACAACUUGCACGUAAAGUAAUUAUAUAAAGGUCAGGGACGGAUUUACAUACUUUAAAUCCACAUCAAAGUUAC